CAGCUUGGCUGCAGAGGCGGAACCUUUAUUUGCAGCGCUCGGGUGGAGCUGCUGGUGUAACCGACUCAGAUUCCUUUUGAGGCUUUAGUGCAAUGGCGGCGGUGGCAGCAGCAACGGGAGCGGGGUUGUUGAGGAUUUUAUCAACACAGUUGUUCCAGGCUCAUGGCUUUCGUAAUGGAUCUCGGAGAUCUGUUAGCACAAUGUUUAAGGCUGCAGAUUUGCAGAUUGAGCUUACCAAGCACUCCAAGGAGAAGCCUGACCGUGACAACCUAGUGUUUGGAAAGUCAUUUUCAGAUCAUAUGUUGACAGUAGAAUGGAGUGCAAAAAAAGGCUGGGACAAGCCCCAUAUCAAACCUCUGCAGAACCUUUCACUUCACCCAGCGUCUUCAGUUCUGCACUAUUCUAUAGAGCUGUUUGAAGGUAUGAAGGCUUUCCGAGGUGUAGACAACAAGAUUCGCAUGUUCCGACCUGAUUUGAACAUGGAGCGGAUGCAUCGAUCAGCACUCCGAGCCUGCCUGCCAGACUUUGACAAAGCAGAGCUGGUGGAGUGCAUUCGGAAACUAAUCGAAGUUGACAGAGAAUGGGUUCCAUAUUCUGAUGCAGCAAGUCUCUACAUUCGGCCCACCUUUAUCGGAACAGAGCCUUCCCUUGGGGUGUCUCGAGCUGACCAUGCCCUACUCUUUGUUAUCAUUGGGCCUGUUGGACCCUACUUUGCCACAGGAAGUUUCAACCCUGUCUCAUUGCUUGCUGAUCCCAAGUUUGUACGUGCUUGGAAAGGUGGCGUGGGUGACUGCAAAAUGGGAGGAAAUUAUGGUCCUACAGUCUAUGUUCAGAAUGAGGCUCAGAAACAAGGCUGCCAGCAGGUUCUAUGGCUCUAUGGCGAUGAGCAUGAGAUCACAGAAGUAGGAACCAUGAACAUCUUCGUUUAUUGGAAGAAUGAGCAAGGUGAGGUGGAAUUGCUCACUCCUCCACUGGAUGGUACAAUCCUUCCAGGAGUCACGAGGCAGAGCUUGCUGGACCUGGCUCAACAGUGGGGUGAAUUUAAAGUUUCAGAGCGAGGGAUGGCAAUGUCUGAGCUGAUCAAAGGACUACAAGAGAAUCGAGUGAAAGAAGUUUUUGGCUCUGGUACAGCCUGUGUCAUCUGUCCAGUUAGUCGGAUCUUGUACCAGGGUCAGAACUAUCACAUUCCCACCAUGGAGAAUGGCCCAGAGCUAGCUAAACGUUUCCUGAAGGAACUAACAGAUAUUCAGUAUGGCCGGACUUCGAGCAACUGGACUCACCUGGUCAUCUAAGCACUAGAGAUCUGUUUCCCAUUCCUCUCAGUCCUGAGUCAGAUGCCAUCUCUGUGUCACUUUGUGUUAGAAUACGUGGUAUCCUUUGUGUUCCUCAAGGAAAUAUCUGACAUAUUACUCAAUUAUAGAUUUAGUCAAAAAUUUGGAUUCAAUGGUGCUAUCUUUUUUAGAUUUAUUAUUCUGACUAAAUAUAUAUUACUAAUUGCUUCUCAACUAUGUUUCUGUUCUUUAUGGAAUUUUGGAAAUUAAAUUCUAAUUGAUGUCAGUGACUAGCCAAAGGUAGUGCUACCAAAGUGCUUGGAGUUACUGACCUUGGUAAAAUGAGAAACUCUUCACUCCAGACGUUAAAAGAAAUCAUUCAUGCUGGAAGAACUGAGGAAUGUUUGUCCCUUUUGCACCCUUACCUCCUGUCUGUUAGUUAUAAUAAUCAUCACUUAAAGCAGAAAAUGUGAAGAAGUUACAGCACAUCUGUCAGUGCCUGGAACAGGAAUGUCAGUUUAACAUUUUGGAUCUACACUGUUACACCUGACCUCAGAACACUAAGUUAACAAGGCCUUUUUGUUUCAGAUAUAGAUUAAUCUGCUGUGCAGUUUGUAUUUUUAGACCAUAAUUCAGUUUCUCAUUCUUAUUCCUAUAGAUAUCAGCUGCAGGAUUCUGAGUCUCAUGGUUUUGCUGGGAUAAGUACCAAGAGUUGAGCAGGCUCACUGACUGUAGGCUGCUGAGUCUCCUCCACUGGGUCAGGCUGUCUCUGAAUGCAGCCUUCUGCUGUCUCUAGAGAAUAGGAACACCUUUGCCAUCACAUUAUACUGAAAUUGUUCUUUCUAUCAGCAUGUUCUCUCUGCUUCUACACAUAAAGGCUGCUAGGAUGGUGCUAAGUUGUUGGUGGUUGCACUGACCAGUACAAAACAUUGUGCAUGUAACAUUUUUAAUGUAAAUAAUUCAAUAUUCAACAGCUCCUUAAAUUUGACUUUUUCUGUAUUGCUGUGUUCCUUACUAAAUCAGGAACAUAUUUGCAUUUCUCUGCUUGUGCCUCACUGAAAGACCCUGAAGAUACACAGAAACAUGGAUAUUACCAUCUGGCAUUUUUUUCCCCUGCUUUUAAUUUUUUUUUCCCCCUCAAAACUCUCCACCCAGUAUUGAGUGCCUGGCUUCCAUGCUGUGCUUCCUCCUUAUAGAUGAUUAAGGUUAUAGCCUUUGGGGGGGUGGGGGGGAAGAAAAAGUUCAACAACAAAUUUGAUGAACAAACCAAGGUUAUGAUGAAGGGUCAUAGACCUGAAGCGUUAACUCUUGUUUCUCUCCACAGACGCUGCCUGACCCGAGUGUUUGCAAUAUUUUCUUUCAUUUUGGAUUUCUGGAAUCUGGCAGCAUUUGCUUUUGUGUUUGACAAGCCUGUUGUGCUGUUCUGUGCUGCAGUGCAGUGACUGAACUCACACAUAUAAAGAAAGCAUGAACAUUGCCAAUUCUUAACUAGUCAGUCAGCACCUGUAAGAGGCAAACAGGUUAAUAAGGGCGGAGAUGUUGCAUAAUUCAACAUGAAUCUCCCCACAAAUCUGACUUUUCUGAUUGUGAGCACUUUCAAUUUUUCCCCUGGUUGUUUUAUGCUCUGACAUCUCCUGUUCGUGAACAGCACUGUGAAAGUCUCACAACCCAGUCCAUUAAUGGUAUAAGUGAGUAAAAUUGGUACCACUCCACAAUCUCUAUCAAGUAAUAGUAAUGCAGUAGGCUUCUUCCACAAACCCCAUACCAUUAAACCCAAUCAGGUUUAAUAUCUGGGACUGCCCUUUGUCACCUCCUUUUCCCUUAAAUGUUUUGUGGUUCAGUCUUUGAUCUGUGUAGGUUUUUUCUGUUGCAAAACAAUUGAUCUAGCAAGUGAGAAAAUUUCAUUCUUGGUUAACUUCAAUAGUAUUUUGUGACCUUGUGUAUAUCUGCGUGUCUUAGUGUGACUGUGUGCACCGAAAUGUCUGUUUUUCCAAUUUCUUAACAUGUCCAAGUGUGUAUCUGCAUGUCUGUCCAAAAGCAGCUCUGCAUGCGUGCACAUAUUCAUGUGUCCAUUUGUGAAUGUGGAUAUGUACAUAUAAUCCAUAUGCAUGUCCACGUGUUUGUAUAUUUACAUGUGUAUAUAAACAGUGUCUCAUUAUUACUGCUUACAAUAUUAAUUCAAAAGCUGCAUUUAAUUCAGUUGUUAUGCCACAAAUGAUGCAGAACUGCAAUUUUGUUUUAAAUGCUGAUGUUGGGGCUGUAGGUUUAACUCCUUGAACUGGUUUUGGGAACAGCUGAGAUUGUGCUCUAGUCUUAGCUGGGUUGACGAGGUUUGGAAAUGAAGAGGUUUCUUUAAUUUCUGACUGGUCAACUCCAAAGUAAUUGUUCCAAUUAUGCCAUCUACUAGCUUUCUAAACUCUUAGCUAAGCUAUGCAAUCUUCAACAGUAUCUACAUGAACUAUAAGGAGAAAUGCACACCCGCCGACCUGAAUCUAAAUGAUGCACAGUGAUGUCAGAACGCCUGCCCGACGUCACCGUGCGCCAUUUUACACAUCGGCGAGUGGGCCCUGCACUGCUCACCAACCGUAAAAUUCUUCCCUUUAUUUCACCUUAUGGCCCUUCCCAACCUCCCAAACAUUGAUAUUCAUAAUUUUCACUUUAUCUAGGGCAUUUUAAAAUUAUUCUGCAUUAUCUUCUGACUCAAUGCUUCAAGCCUUCAGUUUACUGAAUUUCUUUCUACACCUCUCAACUGAAUCACUAAACAGAGCGUGGUAUUCCCCAUAGUUAGAUGACCAGCUUGGGGUGGGGUGAGGGAGAGGCUGGAACAGCAGGGAUGAAACCUCAGUCAGCCAGUCUAUUCUGCCCACUAGUGAUAGCAGCAGCUGUGGGGAGUUGGAGAACAGAAGCACAAACAACAUGUUUUGAGAUGUUAGUGUGAAGAUCAGGCCUUUAAUCCAGUAAUCCAAAUACAGCUGUUGGAAGGGAAAGUCAAACCUAACAACACACAAACUAAUCAAUCCUUUGCUUCCUGCCCAUAGUUCUGUGCUGGUGAAGGAGGAACAGUGGUCAGGCCCCAUGUUCAUUCCAGUGUUUGCACCUCACAUUGUCUUUAAUUCUUCUUCAAGUGGAAAGAUGUACCAUGUAGUAAAAAUCCCAAGUGAUUUUAAUCACCUUAUGCUCUCUUCAAAUCAGACUCUAAAAUAGUUUUGAAAUUGUCAUGUUUUUUUGUAGCCUGAUUUCUUGACUAGAAAAAUAUAUUCAUAUUUACUGUGUACAGCUAGAUGUGUGUGUAGAUACUUCUUUUAGAAGUAACAAAAAAACUCAAACACAGAAAAUGCUGUAAAUACUGGGUGGGUCCACAGCAGCAGAUUGAGGUAGAGACUGUAUUAGGUAUGAUAAAGGGAGCCACAAAGCUGUACUGGCGUUUCUUGGCUGUCCUGUGCUGCAUUUUAUAGUUUUACCUCUAUAAUUACGGGUUUGCUUCAUUACAGAGGCAAGUGUGAAAAGCCAAAGGGAAAACGUUUUGCAAAAUAAAUUGAUUUAUGUAAUGUGUGCAGCAGUCAGCAAUUACUUUAGUGCAGGUACUGAAUGUGAGUUACCGACCUCACUCUGCAGGCUUUAGAAACGAAGAACUUCAACUUUGGAAAUGUUUUCCUGUUUUUUGAACUAAGAUUGUUAAUCAGGUAAGAAAAUAAUUUUUUAGGGUGAGACGGAGCGCUGGGAAUGGAAAGAUAGUGGGUGGAGAAUCAGAGGGUGGAAGGUUAGUGUGGGAAGGGGGGCUAUGUGGAGAGGUUAAUGUGUGAGUGAGAUGUACUGUAAGGGCAGCUCUUGUCGCUGGAUGGUUUUUGAUUAGAAUCAAGAGAGAAAAACUGUUUCUGUCAACCAUUUCUGUCAAAUCGUCAUAGGUUGAAAAGGUUGAAUUCAGCUCGGGCAUUGUUGAUCCACUGUCAAUCUGGGUCAAGUUUCCAUUUACUGCUGUGCUCAAUGGCAUUGUUUAAUGUUCGAACAUGUGCUGAAUACCUCCCAACAAAUGCUUGUUGAUGGGGUUCAGGACUAAUUCAAGGUCUCUGCUAGAUCUGAAAUCUGUCAUGAGGUGCAAGGCAGGAUCUUGGUUGCAGAUUUUCUGAUUUAUACUUUACUGUGGCUUUUACAGUGUAUUUCCUCUUCAUGAUUGAAAGGUUUAGUUCAGUACCUAAUUAUAUGUAGUUUUCAAAUGAAACUUAUUGCUGUAAUUACCAUUGGAGGCUUUAGGCAGCUAUAUAAGAGUAGAUCAAUUGACGGACUGCUGUUAGAUUGGAGUUGUUCAUUGCAGUCAUACCUGAAUAGCCAACUGGCAGCUUGGGAUGUUACAAUUUCUGUAAAUAAACAGACCACCAUCUCCAAAACCUGGGUUAUUUUGAAAGCUUGAUUAAAUAUUCAGCUAUUUAUAAAAUAUGCAGCUUCAUCUUGUUUUGCUAGUUUUUCAUAAAUAGCCAUUUUCUCUUUUAAAGAUAGUAUGCCUGAUGGUAGACAUGUGUCCGUGAGUAUAUUUGUCUAUCACUGUAAAUGUGUGACUGAGUAUAUUUGUGUACCUGCUUUGAAUUCUGCCUUUGAUACCUGCAUGCUGUUUAUUAAUCUGCAUUCAUUUCAUUGUCAAAACUGUUAUGCACACUUGGACUGUUAUCGCAUCCUAUUGCUUGGACAAUUCAAAAAUAAAACCAUAAAAAUUAAA